AUGGACUCCACCUUGCACUCAUGGCCGAGCCACACGCCUCACAUGUGCAAAAGGCAAGCAUGGGACACAUGCACAUGGACUCGCUUCAACGCUCACUUCACGUGGACCAAGCUCCCGCCAAAGCUCAAUUACGGACUUAAAUUAUACCACCCAUCUGACGGCUUCUACAUCACCCAAUCAGACAUCAUCCUCCGCCAAAUCGACCUUUCUGGCAGCUUCUCUUCUUCCGCUUCCCAGCUUGCCUACCAUCGGGCCGGUCCACGGAAACAAAUCUUUUUUGAUCCCAGUAGUACUCGGGCAGCCAUUGUUACCUGCGGAGGACUUUGCCCUGGGAUGAAUACGGUGAUCAGGGAGCUGGUGGUUGGGUUGUGGGAGCUAUAUGGGGUGCGUCAGAUAUAUGGGGUGGUUUCUGGGUACAGAGGUUUUUAUUCAAGAGAACCGAUUGAGCUGAAUCCGAAGCUUGUCCAUAACUGGCAUAAGAGAGGUGGAACAACUCUGCAGACGUCCAGGGGUGGCUUUGAUCUCAAUAAGAUUGUUGAUGCCAUUCAAAAUCGGGGAUUUAAUCAGGUCUACAUCAUUGGCGGGGAUGGAACAAUGCGUGGGGCAGUAAAGAUAUUUGAUGAAAUUCGUCGCCGGAAACUGAACAUUGGAGUUGCUGGAAUUCCCAAAACUGUCGACAAUGAUGUAGGCAUUAUUGACAGAUCCUUUGGAUUCCAGACAGCUGUGGAGAUGGCUCAACAAGCAAUCAAUGCAGCUCAUGUUGAGGCCGAGAGUGCAGUAAAUGGGAUCGGCCUAGUGAAGCUAAUGGGUCGAAGCACAGGCCACAUAGCACUCCAUGCGACUCUGAGCAGCCGUGAUGUCGACUGCUGUUUAAUUCCUGAAACAGAAUUUUACUUGGAAGGAAAAGGAGGGCUGUUUGAAUAUCUCGAAAAGAGUCUCAAAGAAAACGGCCAUGCAGUGCUGGUCGUUGCCGAGGGGGCAGGACAGGAUAUAAUCCCAAGAACUGAAGCCCAGAAACAACAGAGGGAUGAAUCAGGUAAUCCAGGUUUCUUAGAUGUUGGUCUGUGGUUGAAAUCAGAGCUCAAGAACUGGUGGUCUGGAGACCACCCGAAUGAUUUAUUCACGAUGAAGUAUAUCGAUCCCACGUACAUGAUCCGUGCAAUCCCUGCAAAUGCCACAGACAGUCUGUAUUGUACACUUCUUGCACAUUCAGCUAUUCAUGGGGUUAUGGCAGGAUACACUGGAUUUGUAUAUAUAUAUGUGAUAUACUCUGAAAAGAACAGAGAAAAGCUUCAAUUUUUGUAG